AUGGCGUCUGGAGGGGAUGCGGAUGCACCAUUGAUCCGCUCAGCUACCGCAAACUUCAGACGUGCAGUAGUGGAUAUGCUUGUUCGGCGCGAGGACAAGAACUGCUCGCCGCAGCCUGGGGUAAACCUGUGCGAGAAGCCGGCCGUCUCGUCGAUAUCUAUGACCUGGAUCGUUGUCGGCUCCGUGAUCGGCGUGUUGGUUCUCGUGACCUUCGUUGUGCUGAUGGUCCUGCAUUUCAGGCGGAAAAAGCAGGACAAGGCAGAGGACAUGAACGACAGGUUCCAGAUGUCGGACUGGGGGAUGGACGAAGGGCCAUCCUCACGGAAACCUCGCAUGGACAACGGGUCUCAGGACGGAUCGCCACAUAUCCAGCCCAGGCGGUCGCGAGAGCCUCUCCAGGCCGGAACGGAGCCCAAGUACCACGGCGGGCAGUCAAACGGAAAUGGCCAUCUCAACCCGUUCGACGACGCAGUGUCCUUCAGAUCAGGCACUAGGCCGUCACCCCCUUAG